CAAAUAGUUUUUACCAUCCAUUUGGUCUGAUUCCUUCCCUUCCUUUCAACUGCACAGGGGAACAAUACCUGCUCUGUCGGGAAUUGCAAGAACAUUUGAAUCUAUCCGUUAUUUUAUCCAAACAAAUAUUAUUUUUUUCACAAAAGCAAGGAUAUUUUUUUGUUGUUGAUUGUUUUCACCUCUCUUAUAUUCAUUGCAUAAAGUUGUAGCCUAUUGAAACGUCAGUAACGUUUUGAAUGCCAAUAUUAUAUUAUUAAAAAGACCUGGAAUUACAUGAAUGCGUUGCCGAAUCGUCAUUUGGAUAAAAAUGAGACUUGAAGGGAUUUUGGCUGUAACGAAAUGAAGAAUCUUGAUAUCUUCGGUUUGAAGGAUUGCAAGUGAGGGUCCCUCCUAUUGAAGAUGGCUCACAGUGUGUGUGGUGUGUCUCUGGCUGUGGUGGUGGUGUUAGUGACCCUGGUGUCUCCUGGUGGUGCCUGCCCUCGGCCCUGCUCCUGCUACCAGCCCACUGAACUACACUGCACCUUCAGGUCCCUGCUCACCAUACCACAGCUUCUACCGCAACAUACACUACACAUCAACCUAGGGUUCAACAGUAUCAGCAGGAUCCCAGACAGCUCAUUAGCUGGUCUGAGGAGGCUGGAGCAGCUGAUGCUUCAUGGGAAUGACAUCCGUGAGAUUCCCGACCGAGCGUUCCAAGAUCUGUCCUCACUUCAGGUCCUGAAGCUAAGUUAUAACAAGCUGAGGGAGAUCUCAGCAGAGAGCUUCUCAGGCCUGUCCUCACUGCUGCGCCUCCACCUGGAUCACAACCAGCUGCAGUUCCUGCACCCCCAGGCCCUGCUCCACCUCCCCAACCUCAGACUGAUCCGACUGCAGGGGAACCGGCUCCACCAGCUGCACCCGCAGGCCUUCUGCACUCUGUCCCUACUGCAGACAUUCUGCUACUCCACCCUCAGGCAUCUGGAUGUGUCCAACAACAGUCUAACUAUCCUGCCUAGGGACACACUGAGAACUGCCCCUCUUCUGGAGUCCCUGGCUCUGCAGGCCAACCCUUGGACCUGCGAUUGCAGCAUGGCUUGGAUACAGGCCUGGAGCAUCUCUCACCCAGGGGUGUUGAAAUGUCCGGGGCCGCAUUGCCUGGUCUGUGCCUCACCCAAACACAUGAAGGGUCGUGGCCUUUUGCAGCAGAAAGACCUAUCCUGCACCUCGCCUGUCAUCUCCACCAAUCCCAGAACCUCAUCUCAGGAGGAUGGCGAAGUUCAACCAAUAGAAACCUUUAGAGAGGCUUUAGGCAACGCCUCCCUGGGGAUGUCUGACCAACAGGGGAAUGCUGUUGAUCUGAAGUGUAACAUCACACACUCCUCACAGACUCCUGACAUUACCCCACCACACCUUUCCUCCUCCUCCAUCCCCAUCUCCCUCUCCCUGGACUGUGGGGUGGAUGGGCAUGGCUAUGAGAGGCUGUGGAGGCUGCUGGCCUACUACAGUGAGACGCCUGUCAGGCUUCAAAGAGAAAUAAUGUUGAGUAAAGCCCCAAGACUUGCCUACAGGUACAGACAGACAGCAGAGAAGGAGGGCUACUACCAUACAGGGGUCAGGGCCAGUAUUCAAGCACAGCCUGCCUGGUUACUGCAGCCCCAUGUCAGUCUAGAGCUCAACAGAGCUCAGUCCAGCGCCCACAGGGUUAAACUGACCCUGUCCACCCUGGUGUCUGCUCCCCCAGACCCCCCAUCCCCACACUCCUGGGUCCUCAUCCAGACCAACCACACCCACACAGCUUUUACUGCAGCUGCAGAGAGACAGAUCCACCUGCCCUGCCCUGUCCUCAGCUCUAUUGGAGACCUAAGUUCUGGAGACCACAGGCUCCAAUGGGUUUUCCCAGAUGGUUCAACAGUCUCCUCUCCCUACCGCAGCUCAGAUGGUAGGGUCCGGGUGUCUGGCCAGGGGCUGGUCCUGCAGAGAGUGUAUCACUCUGAUGCUGGACUGUACUAUUGCGUGGCCCGGGCGGGGGGAGAUGUUGAUGUCCUCCCCCUCCGUCUGGCGGUGGUAGAAUCAUCCAAUCCUCUCCCAGGGGAGGAGCUAGGCCCGGCUGUGACUGGAUUGGUUGGAGACCCUGUCAGUCUGCCGUGUGAGGCCUCUGGUACACCGAGGGUUGAGGUGAACUGGGUUCUUCCUGGCGGGAGAGUGGUAGGGAGUAGGAACGAGGGGAGGAGAAAGGACGAGGCAGGGGUUACUGUCUUGGCCAACGGUACCCUGUCUCUCCCCAUCCCUGCGCUGGGAGAUGCAGGCCUGUACCGGUGUCUAGCGGUGAACCAGUACGGUGCUGACUCUCUCUCCACCAGACUGACGCUCACCCCGCGUCCUUCUGACACCUCAUCACGUAUGAGAUAUCCCAUGAGGCCACCUUCUGUGGCGGGGGUGUCCAAAAGGGUACGAGCCCCUCUAGGGGGUGAGGAGAUUGAAGGGGGGGGGUCAGGAGAUGAUGAGGGGGAGAACAUACUGCCCACCAGGGCAGGUUACAACAGGACAUGGCGUCCCCCCAUCAGAUCCCACAUGGUGAGGGUGGAGGGAAGCAGACCACCCCAAAAGGGCAAGAAGCCCUUGAGGAGAGGCUUCCCUGUGGAGCAGAGGAGGAACAGGUUGGAGGGUCGGCGGAGCUUUAACCUGGCCAAGCACAAAAUAGACCCUCAGAAAUGGGCCGACCUGCUGACUAAGAUACGUGAAAGGACUGCCCCUAAAAUCACAGACUCCCUGUAUGUACCACCCCCAACAAGAGCACAUACUACCACCUCAGCCCCAACUGAAGCACAGACAACCACCUCAACCCGAACUGAAGCACAGACAACCACCUCAGCCCCAACUGAAGCACAGACAACCACCUCAACCCCAACUGAAGCACAGACAACCACCUCAGCCCCAACUGAAGCACAGACAACCACCUCUAUCCCAACUAGAGCACAGUCAACCAGAAUACAGACAAAUAGCAGACAUACAGAAAGCAAUCACACAACCAGAACAAAUCCAGGCAGCAUACAGCCAGAAAGUACACAGUCAGACAGAAUACAGACAGAGAGAAUACAGACAAGUAAAACACAGACAACCAGAAUACAUACAGACACGACAUUACCAAACGGCACACCAGAGGUAAGCGUGGGAAGAAACUCUGAUCAACGUCUUGUAUUGGACUCAGAGGCUGAUACCUCAAAGAGUUCUUCCAUAGAUGUCCUCAGUCUACAGGAAGAGUGGUUAAACCUCACCCAUACAUCACUAAUCCCAGAUCUGCUAACAAAGGAUAGAGUGGCCCCAGAGACACCAAACACUUCAGAUCCGAGCAAUAACUUCCCCCAGAAACCUAAGUCAAACACAGACACAGAGACAGGGACAGAAACAGAGACAGGGGGUUCUCUUAAAAGCACAAAGCCAACCUCCAAUGUCAAUUGCACUAGCGCAGAGGAAAGGAGACAGAGUGUUAUCCCUGUACGGACUACAGGUGAGGGGGAGAGGACUCGAACAACAAACUCUGGAAAGGUAAUGUUCUCCAACUCUGUUCCGUCGCGACCCAGAAGCCCCUGGAAUGCCAGCAAUAGGCCUGGCCAGAGGAGACGCAUCAACAGACUCAGAGGACGACCCAUGCCCCGCCAAAGCGCUCCAGGUCCAACCUCCCCUCUCCAGAAUAACUUAAGUCCCACUACCACCAGAGCAGCGCUUACAAAGCCCAGGAAACUGACAGCACCUGCUACAACCAUUACUAUAAGCACUACUACUACUAUUACUACUACUACUACUACUCCAUCCUUAACUAGGAUCACUGCUCCAUCAAGCACAUCUGUCUCCCCCCCUGCCUUCCUUUCUGCCUCGCCCCCUUCGCCCCAGACAUACACAGACAGGGUGACUCACUUAACAAACACUGCUGCUCGGCUCCCUGACAGGUCCCAAGCGACUAUCACACACACACGCACACACACUAGCACACUCAUAGGCAAACAUACACCCACAGUCACUCACAGUCACACAGAAAAACAGAGUUAUGCUAUAACAGAGGGUCAGGUCGGGGCCACUCUAAAAGAACAGGAUCCAUCUGUCUUCAACCAACACAACCCAGAGGAUAUCAAAGCAACUACCACUCGGUCUGGAACCACACCAGGUGGAACAACACCUACUGGUACUGAGAAAGAACCCAGUGAGAUAGAAUCCAGUGAGAUAGAACCACUCUACCCAGAAACCAAGGAAGAACUCAGUGAGAUAGGACCACCAGCAACUGAAAAAGAACCCACUGAGAUAGAACCACCAGCAACUGAUGAAGAAGAACCCAGUGAGAUAGAACCAUCAGCAACUGAUCAAGAACCCAGUGAGAUAGAACCACCAGCAACUGAUGAAGAACCCAGUGAGAUAGAAGCACCAGCAACUGAUGAAGAAGAACCCAGUGAGAUAGAACCACCAGCAACUGAUGAAGAACCCAGUGAGAUAGAACCACUUUACCCAAUUACUGAAGAAGAACCCAAUAAGAUAGAACCAGUCUAUCUAGCACCUGAUGAACCAGAGGAGAGACAGCCAGAGUCAGAAAUAGACAGCUCUUUUUCAUCUACAAAACAACUACUGCCCCCAACUACAGCUAAUACAGCAGCUAUCACUGCUUCAGCCAUCACCUCCUCUACAGUCAUCACCUUUAUUAGAAGAACUACCACUAUAACUAUUCCUACAACUACUGCUACUAUUCCUACAACUACUGCUACUAUUCCUACAACUACUACCACUAUACCUACAACUACUACCACUACUGCUACUAUUCCUACAACUACUACUACUAUACCUACAACUACUACCACUAUUCCUACAACUACUACCACUAUUCCUACAACUACUACUACUAUUCCCACUACUACUACCACUCUUACUAGUACAAUAGUCUGGAGGAACCCAGGAGUAAACUCCAUCCCAGACUCACAUGGUAGUCGCUACCGCCCCCCAUCUUACCCCAGCUACUCACAACACUCCAGCAGCCGGCACCCUUAUGUUAUCACUAGGCCUGACCCAGUGAGAACUCCACUUCAAACGCCACCCCCUAUAAAACACACACCCUCUCUACCACACCCUAUCAAGCCCAAACUUCUUCUCCCAGACAUUUUAGAGAUCCCUUCCUCUGUAGUCCCCACCACCAGAGCUCCCUCCAGCUCCCCAAAGACCUCCCCACCCACCACAGACAGUCAGGCUGGACUCAACCCUGAGUCCACCCUUCCUCAUUCCCCUCCCGCGUCUCCAGCCCAUAGUGUGACUGCCCAACGUCCCCCUCAGACCACCGUCUUGCGUGUCCGGCCCCGUAUCGCUCCCCCUCACAUGCGCCCCAUGUCUGUCCCAGCUGAGAUUGAUGCCCUCCUGCCCUGCGAGGCCAUUGGACAGCCUCCUCCAACAAUCACCUGGACCAAGGUCUCCACAGGAGCUGUGAUGUCACUGGACUACAAGGCAGAGCGUUCCCAGGUCCUACCCAACGGAACCUUUCUCAUCCGGAGCGUGCAGGUCCAGGACCAGGGGACAUAUAUCUGCAGCGCACAGAACUCUGUGGGCCUGGACCGUGCCAUGGUGACCCUGGAGGUCUGGUCCCACCCACCCCGGAUUCAGCUACCCAACCACAGAGAUGCAACGGUGCACCAGGGGGGUGAAGUGAGGUUAGAGUGUCGGGCUCAGGGGUUGCCGGUUCCUCUGCUGUCCUGGGUGCUACCUGACCUCUCCGUCCUAACCCCUGACCCUAACCCCAACCCUGCCCUUGGAACUCACCCCCGGGUGUCUAUAUUCCCUAAUGGUACUCUGCGUAUCUUGGUGGCCGGCCCAGCAGACAGAGGACUGUAUCGCUGUGUAGCCUCCAACCUAGCAGGGGCUGGCAGUCUGUCAGUCCGACUCCAUGUGUCCUCUCUUCCUCCAGCCAUCCAGGAGCCCAGAGAGGAGAAGGUAACCCGGCCCGCUGGUUUGCCUCUCUACGCCCAAUGCUCUGCCCGGGGAGCUCCCCCUCCCUCCAUCCGCUGGAGGACACCUGACGGCACCUUUCUGCUCCCCUCUCAAUUCCUCAACGGGAACCUGUUUGUCCUCCCCAAUGCCACCUUGUUGAUACGCAAGCUAGCCACUAAGGACUCUGGGAGCUACGAGUGCCUGGCGACUAAUGCGGUGGGCGGGGAUAAGAGGACGGUGAGGGUGGAGGUGACUGGAGAUGGAGGAGGAGGAGAAGUUGUCUCCAUGGAUAAAAUGACCUUCUCUUCCAUCAACAGUAAAUUUGAUCUUCCCCCCUCCUCCCCCGUCCUUAACCCUCCCCUCCCACCCUCCUCCCCCCUCAGUAAGGCUAGGAUCCUCUCCACCUCUCCAUCCAGUUCUAUAGUCAUAUAUGGUGAAUCUCUGCUCCUUUACUGUUCAGCAACCGGCAACCCAGAGCCUAGAGUGGUCUGGAGGGUACCUGGCAAGAAACUAGUGGAUGCCCGUUACAGUUUUGACAAGAGGAUAAAGGUGCACAGUAAUGGAACGCUGUAUAUCCAGUCCGUGACGGAGAAAGACGGGGGGGACUAUUUAUGUGUCGCGCGAAAUAAGAUGGCUGAUGACUUCCGCCUCCUCCAGGUCACCGUGGCAACAAAGCCUGCUAAGAUUGAGCCAAAGCAGCCAUCAAAUCAGAAGGUGGUAUCGUACGGAGCAGCUCUAAAGGUAGACUGUCUGGCGACCGGCCAGCCCGACCCCGCGGUAAGAUGGAGCCUCCCGGAUGGAACCUCAGUGAAAAGUGUCCUGUUGCAGGUGGAAGAGAGAGGGAGGCGCAGCCGGCGACUGGUGGUUUUUGACAAUGGAACACUGUUCCUCCCCUCGGUGGGGAUGGGGGAGGAGGGGGAGUAUGUUUGCCACGCUGAGAACCAUGGGGGGAGGGACACUAUGAGUGUGAUGGUCAAAGUCCUCGCCUCACCUCCCUCCUUCCCCAGUACCAAAUAUGAGGUCAUCAAGGUGCAACAAGGGGGCACAGUGGCUCUGAACUGUGGGGCUAAAGGAGAGCCUGUCCCUACGAUCACAUGGCUCUCUCCAAUGAAUCGUGUCCUCCCAGUGGAAACAUCAGGGCCGGUUGUGGUGCAGCAAGAUGGGUCCUUGGUGAUCCAGGGGGCUAGAGGGGCUGACGGAGGAAACUACACCUGCCGAGCCAGCAAUGCUGCUGGGAAGAGGAGCAAGGUGAUGGGGGUGGAGGUGAUGGUGACACAACCCAGCUUCACUCUCAAUGGGGCUGGGGGUGGGAUCAAUGGGGCAGACAGACAGAUAGCUGUUGUUAGUGGUAGUGGACUGAGUGCUGUGAUCUCCAUCAGUCAGUCUGCAGGGAGGGAUCAUAGGGUCAGUGCAGGUAAUUGUGUCAGUAAUAAUGGAGACUGUAAAGUAGGGGACCAAAGGGUCUCAGCAGUUAGAGGCCAGACAGUUCUUCUGCCAUGUCCAUCCCAGGGCUUCCCUCUCCCCCGCCUGGCCUGGUUGCUGCCCGGUAACGGGGUUCUCCCGGUGCCCUACUAUGGCAGCAGACUCACCGUGCACCGGAAUGGAACCCUGGAGCUGAGGGGGGUGAGGGCAAGCGACUCCGGCAUGCUGGUGUGUGUCAAUCGUGGCGAGAGGGGUGAGGCUCGGAUAAUGGUACACCUGGAGGUCUCAGACACAAAGGACACACCUCACUCCAGAGGCCCAGUGACCACCGAGAAACCUUUCCCAGUAGGCCCAGUUAGCAAAGAGCAACCUCGCCCAGUAGGCCCAGAACAACCUCAUCCAGUAGUCCCAAUCAGCAGAGAGAAACUUCGCUCAGGAGGCCCAGACAGAGAGGAGACACCUCGCCACAGAGGCCCAGUGACCAUAGAGAAAUCUCGCCAGGAGACACCUCGCCCUACAAGCCCAGUCACCAAUGAGAAACCUCACUUAGGAGGCCCAGUCAGCACAGAGAACCCUCUGCCAGGAGUCCCAGUCCAAGGGGACACACCUCACCCAAGAGGCCCAGUGCCAGAGGCAGGGAGGAGUGUUGUCCUGGAAAGGAAGCCUGUGGUCACCAGCAUAUCAGGCUCUCUGGUCAGCAUCAUCAACGGAGACAAUCUACAGCUACCCUGCCCCCAGACAGACAGCCCCAGUCAGGGUUCCAGCCAGACAGAGUCUCUGACCUGGCAGUUGCCAAGCGGGGUGGUCGUGUCUCGGGGCCAGGCGGCAGGGACGGGUCGGUACUCAGUCCUGGAUGACGGGACUCUGACGGUGCAGCAGGUAUCUGUGUUUGACAGGGGGACCUACUCCUGCCGAUCCAUCAAUCAGGAUACAUCAUCUAUCCUGACAGUUCCAGUGAUUGUCAUCGCCUACCCCCCUCGCAUCACCAACGGACCCCCUCCCCUCACCUACACCCGUCCUGGUGUUGCCGUUCAGCUAACCUGCUACGUCAUAGCAACCCCCAGAGCGACCAUCACCUGGGAGAUGCCGGACCAAUCCCAGCUCAGGGUCACAGGUCAGGCCCGUCUCUAUGGCAACCGGUACCUGAGUCCUCAGGGUUCCCUGGUGAUCCAGAACCCGACCAGCAGAGACACAGGGUUCUACCGUUGUUCUGCACGGAACGUCAUCGGAACUGACACCAAGGCCUCUUAUCUACAUGUGAUCUAACAGAACACACACAUCAUUUUUGCCCAAAGAAACUGCAAAGUUGAGUGUAGAAGAUACUGUUCAACUAAAUACUGAGGUGUUGAUUAAAGAUUGUAAAUAGAGAUAAAAAUAAACACAUGCAUCUUACAGCCAGAGUGUGUUAAAGAUGUACAUGAAAUCAGCAGCUGAGAAGCACCAACAUCCAUCAUCAAUAAAUAAAGUGUCAACACAAACUAUACCAGGCUUUAAGAGCAUCAGCUCUCAAAACACAGAGACAAUCUACAGCUACCCUGCCCCCAGACAGACAGCCCCAGUCAUGCAAUACAACACAUUCAGCUCUGUAUCACAACCUGCAUGUUUACGUCAACCUGCCCUAUUUAUCUUGUUGUAUAGUUAUGUACUGUUGAGCAGAGCAAAUGUUUGAUAGUAGUCACAGAACUGCUCCAGUGAUAGUUUUGUGGAGCCUCAGGGGUCUGCAGCUCUCUGUGUCUGCAGCUCUCUGUGUCUGCAGCUCUCUGUGUCUGCAGCUCUCCAACCCUGCAACCUCGACCACUCUUCCAGUCAUAGGCUAUACAUACGUCCCAGAUCAUGUCAAAUAAACACAACAGUUACCAAGUCUUUGAAGAUGGUAUUUGUAGUAAUUACAUAUGUUUCAUAUAGAGUAGCAUAGAUUUUUGUGUGGCUCCAGUGUUACAUUAAGUAUGUGUAAUAUCCAUGUGAAAGCUGAUAUCAUUCAUGUUUUCAUUUCAUUUAAAUUAUUUGUCUGUAAAGACUGUGAUGUAAAGUGGUUAUGUUGUGCCUCUUGUCAUAAAGAGAGAGAUGUACUGUAUAUCUAAUCUCUCAAUAGCCUUUUUAAGUUAUGCUUUAUUUUCAACUGCUUUGUUUGAUAAAUAAAAGAGAAAAGGAAUUCAGUCUGC